GGUAUGCGCAUCUGCCUCCUCGCAGCAUCUGCAGGAUCGCAGAGGAGGCUCCUCUGGCUCUGCUGAUGCUGCGGGGGCUGUGGUGUCAAGUGAUGUUGCACUGCUCCGCAGUCCAGCGGCUGCCGCUGUCCCUAUGGAGCCCACGGGACAGUACAUGGCAGGGGCGGCAACCUUGCCAGGGGGUCCCCAGGCUUUCCCUGUGCUCAGAGGUGUUACUCACAACACUCAUCAGCCUUUAUCGUUUAAGAUAGCGAACGAAGUCCCUGAUACAGUUGCCUGGCAUGGUGUCGGCUCUGCUGAAGUCAUGCAGACACUAGUAAUGCUUGUCGCUGAGCUGCUGACACCUUCUGACAUCCAUUAUUUGGCACAUGCUCUUUUUGAUCCUGUGCAGUUUGACGUUUUUGAGACCAAGUGGGCUUGGUUGGCAGCCAGCACAGUGCAGCAGAAUGCUACGCUGGGGCCGCAGGAUCCCAGGCGUGUGGUUAGCACUGACAUGUUGAUGGGCACAGGCAAUUACACUGAUCCUCAGGGACAAGCCAGAUAUGAUCCCCUCAUGCUUGACCAGUGCCAGACACUAGGCAUGGCAGCAAUGUUUCAGACUCUGGAAAUGGUUGCUCCCCUGGAGCCGUUUGCGACCAUUGUCCAGGGGGUUGAAGAGCCUUUCAUGAAAUUUGCAGGGAGGCUGACUGCCUCUGUGGAGAGGCAGUCGGCAGAUCCUGAGACAAGGGGAGUUGUGACUGUGAACCUUGCAAGGAGCAACAGUAACACAGACUGUAAGAGAGUCAUAAAGGCUCUUCCUGGUGAGCCUACUGUCUCACAGAUGGCAGAGGCCUGUGCAAACCUCAGCCCCUCGGUUCAAAAGAUGGCUGCCUGGGCUACUGUUGUGCAGCCGGUCUGGGCAGUGCUGCAGGGCUGGCAGCAGCAGCAGUGGAAUGCUUGGGCCAGCGCCAAACGGGAAGAAAGUGCAGAAGGGCAAACUUCCCAUGUUCUUGUGUGGCCGGUGUGGAAGGCCAAACCAUAUGACAAAUGUCUGCAAGGCAACUGUUCAUGUUAAUGGCCAGGCACUACCAGGCCCGGGAAAUGGGAAGCAGAGCGCAAAGGGUAGGCAUGCUCAGACACAAGUUCCUCUCCAGACCCCAGAGCCCAUGGAGGUUUGCUCAGCCAACUUGCAGCCAGUACCUGAGGCUCAGCAGGUGUGGCUGUCUGCACAGCAGCAACAGUUGCUUUAGAAUCUUGUAAAAUGCACAAGGUUUCCCUGGAUGCCUUUGGUCCCUUGGGUGUGGGCAUGAGUGCUCUCCUUAUGGGGAGGUCUAGUGCCACCCUUCAGGGCAUCAUUGUGCAUCUGGGCCUCAUUGAUGCAGACUUCACAGGGAAGUUGUGUGCAAUGGUCUCCACACCCACCCCCCCAUCACGAUUCUGAAGGGGAUGCGACUUACUCAACUUGUGCCUUUUAAGUCUUCUGUUCGCAGGACAGCUGACCGGUCACAUGGGGCUGGCGGCUUUGGAUCCACUGGGCCACCUCAAGUUCACUGGACCACUGUCCUGACCAAAUACCAUCCCAAGAUGCUGUGUACCCUGUCCAUCCCUGGUGCGACGCCAUCGGAGAUCCACCUCCACGGGCUUCUCGACAGCGGCGCUGACGUCACAGUUCUCUUCCUUGCCUCCUGGCCUCUGGAUUGGCCCCUGAAUCCAGUGGAGAUGCCUGUCACGGGACUGGGGGGAACGGCGUGAUGUUAUGUGAACCAGUGCUCCAUGCUGGUCACGAACCCAGAGGGACAGACGGCCUGUGUUAGGCCUCAUGUUAUUUCUACUCCUGCUAACCUCUGGGGGAGGGAUGUUCUCUCUGCGUGGGGUGUGUGCAUCAGGACAGGUUUUUGAUGGGGGCCACUGUGACAAAGGGCACAGAGUGUUCUACGCCUCCUAUACGGUGACUGGUGGACACACCUGUUUGGGUGAACCAGUGGCCCCUCCCUCAAGAUAAAUUGAUCACCCUUCAAAAUCUGGUGCAGGAGCAGUUGGACCAGGGUCAUCUGGAGCCUUCUACCAGUCCCUGGAACACUCCUGUCUUCUGCAUCAAGAAAAAAUCUGGGAAAUGGAGGUUGUUACAAGACCUCCGAAAAGUCAAUGCCAUGAUGGAAAGCAUGGGAACAUUGUAGGCGGGCAUGCCACCACCUACCAUGCUUCCUGCAGAUUGGCCGAUCUUCAUUGUGGAUCUGAAGGAUUGUUUCUUAAGAAUUCCUUUGCAUCCCAAUGACAGACCAAAAUUUGCCUUCUCGGUGCAAGCAAUCGACAAUGCUGAGCCCGCACAGCGAUAUCAAUGGAAAGUUUUGCCCCAGGGGAUGCGAAAUUCUCCUGCCAUAUGCCAAUGGUAUGUGGCCCGUGCCUUGUCUGGAGUUCACAAGCAGUUUCCUGAUGCACGUCUGUAUCAUUAUAUGGAUGACAUUUUGGUGGCUGCGUCCACCCAGGAUGAGCUGCUGAGGAUUCAGCCUCGGUUGCUUGAUGCUUUGCAUUCUCAUGGGCUGCAGGUGGCUCCAGAAAAGGUUCAACAACAACCUCCUUGGAAGUAUUUGGGGGUCAGAAUUCUGGAAUGGACGAUCCGACACCAGGAGGUGCAAUUUGUGCAUUUGGACACUGAAUGAUGUCCAGAAAUUGAUGGGUGUCAUCACUUGGUUACAUCCAUACCUGGGACUAACCGACGCACAACUGUCUUCUGUGUAUGAUCUGUUGAAAGGAGACUCUGAUCUAAAAUCACCUCGCACAUUGACCCCUGAGGCACGUCAGGUGCUGGAGGAGGUUCAGCGGGCUGUCUCUGCCUGCCAAGUUUAUCGCAUUGAUCUCUCUGUUGAUGUCACUGUGUUCGUUACCACUCCAGAUUCGCAUCCCACAGGUAUCAUUGGCCAAUGGAGUGACAAAUGGUCCAAUCCCUUGCACAUCUUGGAAUGGGUUUUCCUGCCCCAUCAGCUGCAGAAGACGGCAACAGCAUUGGCUGAGUUGAUUGCUCACUUCAUAAUCAAAUGUUGGGAACGGUGUUUGCAAUUGAUGGGUGCGGAUCCCACAAAGAUCAUACUCCUGGUAUCCCGGGAGGAUUUUGACUGGAGCUUUGCACACAGCGUAUCCCUGCGAAGUGCUCUGGAAAACUUUUCAGGGCAGAUCACUUAUCUGCCCAGCCACAAGCUGGGCACCACUGCAGGUGGUGAAAUCCACACAAAUUUCUUUGCAGCCCAAAAAUAGUCAGCAACCUGUACAAGGACCCACCGUCUUCACUGAUGGUACGGGGAAAACAGGAAAGGCCAUUGUUACUUGGAAGGAUGGAUCUGAGUGGCAGGUUCUGGAAGGUCAUCAGGAUGGGUCAGCCCAAUUGUUUGAAUUGAGGGCUGCUGUCAUGGCAUUUGAGAGAUUUUCCCAGGAAUCUUUCAAUUUGGUCACGGAUUCUACCUAUGUGGCUGACAUUGCACAGCGAUUGGAUCAUUCGGUCUUGAAGGAGGUCAGUAAUCCUGCCUUGUUUCAUUUACUGAAGACCUUGUGGUGUGCCAUUCAGGCCCGGGUUCAUUAAUUUUACGUUUUGCAUGUGAGGAGUCAUACCAUUUUGCCAGGCUUUAUAGUGGAAGGUAACGUGAGGACUGACAAGCUGGCUAACCCAGCGUGGGUAGCACCUCACUCAGCCUGAUACACUCGUGCAGGCCAAGGCAUCACAUGGGUUUUUCCAUCAGAACACACAUACCUGGCAAAAGCAGUUUCAGCUGACACCAACUGAGGCUCGUGACAUUGUUGAGUCCUGUGACGACUGCCAUGCGUUUGCUUCGUCUUUACUGGCAGGGGUAAACCCCAGAGGCCUUAGGGCCUUGGAGCUUUGGCAGACCGUUGUCACCCAGAUUGCUGAGUUUGGCCGGCUCAAGUAUGUGCAUGUCACUGUGGACACGCUCUCUGCAAUGUGGGCUUCUGCUCACACUGGAGAGAAGGCCUGUGAUGUCCUUGCCCACUGGAGGUAGGCCUUUGCCAUUCUGGGCAUACCUUCUGCUGUGAAGACCGACAGUGGUCCUGCUUAUGCAUCACAGAAGGUGCAGCAGUUCCUGCAGUUGUGGGGUGUGUCACACAAGUUUGGUAUCCCUCAUUCUCUGACUGGUCAAGUCAUUGUAGAACGCACUCAUGGUGCUCUGAAGCAGGUUCUUCAAAAACAAAAACGGGGAAUGCAGGGUGAAACCCCGCACAGUCGGUUGGAAAAAGAAUUGUACACCAUCAAUGGUCUUACGGUGCCGCAGAACUCAAAUAACCCUGUCACUUUGAAUCAUCAUUUCUCGUUGCAGGCUACGGACGAGGCACAUCAGCCUCGAGUGAAGAUACUGGGGCACGCUGGGUACCUUCAAAGUGUGUUCGCCCUGACCUGCAAGCGCAGAGACAGAAUCUGGCCGACGGGCAAAAUGGAAACCGUGACCAACCUGAAAGGCAUCAAGUGGGUGAAUCGUUGAGUGAUGACUCGGAUGCAGAUGACACGAGUGAUCACUCUGAUGAUUCCUCCAUGAAUGGACACUGAACCUUGUUCAUUUUUUCUUUUCCUUUUUUUUAAACUGAGAAGGGUGAGAUGUCGCCCUGAUUUUUUAAGAUUUUCCAAAGCCUUCUGAGUUUACAUUCUUGUAGCAAAUUUCUCACACAUUUUCUGUAAAUAACUUAUUGUUUUUGCAUUCCUUCAUAGAGGAGGAGAAAUUUGAUGGACUGGUAGUUUGUCAGAGAGGUGGCACUUUCACCCUCCAAUCCAUUGUCACCUUUGGAAAACUAUAAAUGCUGGAGUCAGAAAAUAAACUUGCUUUUUUACCUUUACAAUA